AUGGCCUUCACUGCUUCUGAUAUCUGCAAGAUCCUUCUCGCCAUCCUCCUGCCUCCUCUAGGUGUCUUCCUCGAGCGCGGAUGCACUGGUGACCUUCUGAUCAACAUUAUCUUCACAUGUUUGGGAUACCUGCCCGGUAUCAUUCACGCUCUAUACAUCAUCUUCAAAUACUAG